UGGCACUUUUUGGGGCCUUUUGCACUUCUUACAACCCAAGGCAAAGAAUAUCGGUCAAAACAAAAUAGUGAAGGACAAAGUUGUUGUCAAACACUCAGAUGUUGUUCCUUUACGGUGACUCCUAUCUUGAUUAUCGUAAGUGUUAAGAGACCCCAGAGGAAGUCAUUUGACUCCUCGUACAUAGCCAGUUGUGGCAUUUGGCCAACGUGGGCGCUGCGUUGUGCUGCAGAUGAGGCUGUCGGUGCAGGAUUCCACCCUGGCCAGCACGCAGGCUGGCCUGCGGGCCGCCGAGGAGGAGGUGCGCUCGCUCAAGGAACUCGCGGCCCGCCUGGAGUCCGAGCUCCACGUGGGAGAGAUGGAGCGGCGCCAGCUCCACAAUACGAUUCAGGAGCUCAAGGGCAACAUUCGAGUGUUUUGCCGAGUGCGCCCCCAAGUGAACGGCGGCCUGGGCAAACACAUCCAGCUGCCAGCCAACGACGACAAGGCCAUCACGCUGGCCAAAACGGAGGAGUCUCACACAGGCAAGACCACCGAGACCCAGAAGAACUACAACUUCACUUUUGACCGCGUCUUUGGCCCCGACGCUACCCAGCAGGAGGUGUUUGAGGAGAUCUCCCUGCUGGUGCAGUCGGCGCUGGACGGCUACAACGUGUGCUGCUUCGCCUACGGCCAGACGGGAAGCGGCAAGACGUACACCAUGGAGGGGGCCGAGGACCACCGGGCCCUCGGCAUGAUUCCCAGAGCCGUGCAGCAGAUCUUCAGAGCCACCCACAAGCUUGCCGCCCAAGGCUGGGAGUUCUCCUUCACGGCCAGCUUUGUGGAGAUUUACAACGAGUGCCUGCGCGACCUGCUCUACGCGGACAAGGCCAGCAAGAGGCCAGAACACGAAAUACGCAAGUCGACCGGCAACAAGAUGACCAUCACCAACCUCACCUACCAGAAGGUCUCCAAUGAGGACCAGGUCCUGUGCUUGAUCGCCUUGGCCAACCAGAACCGCUCCACGGCCCAGACGACCCAAAACGACCGCUCCUCCCGCUCGCAUUCUGUCUUCCAGCUCGACAUUGAGGGCGUCAACGUGGGCAGGGAUGUCAAAAGCAGCUCCACCCUGUGUCUGGUGGACCUAGCAGGGAGUGAGCGGAUGGUGAAGAGUCAGUCUCAGGGCGAGCGCUUCAAAGAGAUGACCGCCAUCAACAGCUCCCUGUCCAACCUGGGCAUCGUCAUCACCGCACUGGCCAACAAGGAUACUUUCAUUCCUUACAGGAACUCAAAGCUCACCUACCUGUUGCAGGGCUGCCUGGGCGGGAACAGCAAAACUCUGAUGUUCGUCAACAUUGCUCCAGAGCCGGACAGCUUUGGGGAAACGCUCAAUUCUUUGAGAUUCGCCAGCAAGGUCAACGACUGCGUGAUCGGCACCGCCAGCGCCAACCGGAAGUAGAAAAAAUGGUCGCUGCCCCUACUCUUGGGGACAAAGACAUGUUUUUAUUUUUUUUCCUUUUAAUCAAAUAAAAGUAACCUUCGGCCAAGGUAUCGUGACUGAUUGAUGCCCGGCCAUAUCAUUGUAUUCACAAAUAGUUUUUAUAAUCCCAUUUUUAAAAGACUUUCUGAGUCCUUUUUAAUUAAGGUGGUCGCUUCAUAUUUCAGCAAAACAUCUUGGAUAUUUGGUUGAUAAUAAAAUACAUUACACACCCUU